AUUUAAUAUAUUGUUUAACGAUGCAUAGACAUCGCGAAUAAUAAAUCUGGAAAUCCAUCGUGGAGUCAGUAAUGCAAUAUCUAUAUCGCGCAGGAUCGCGCAGGACUGUUCAAAAUGUUCCGUUAGAAAGCUUCCUCGGGAAAUAAUUUUUGAUACGAUGAAUCGCGAGUGCUUGGCGUUGCUGUUGACAGCGCAAUUAGCCGGAAUUUUGUGCGCUAACGAGCACGAUAUCAUUCGAGAUUACUUUACGUUUAGAAAAGUGAAGAGGAUCGUGGGGUUCUCUUGUGGUGACGUAGAAAAUGACGUUAGGCUCGCGAGAACGUUUAACGGCAUGUACACCACGUACAUUUCGAUGGUGGACGUCGUAGCUGAAUCGACCGUAGAUUUAAAAAAUUUUUUGGGCGCCGAGUAUCAUCAGCUAGGUAUCUUCGUGGAUUGCCGGUGUGACAGCGAGCGAUACGCUAAAAUAUUCACCGAUGCAACGAGACAUUCCAUGUACGACGAGAUGCACAAAUGGUUGAUUCUGGGGUCGAAUUUGACCCACAGCUUGGAAAUAUUAAACGACGAAGCGUUCAGCGUUUCGACUGACGUUGUAAUUGCUGUGCCAUCGAGAAACGAUUAUGUUCUGUACGACGUGUAUAAUCCGUGCAAGGAUCGAGGGGGUGCAACGAACGUGACAGUGUUCGGAACCUGGAACGGUGAAAACGGAUUAGAUGUUACGUUGAAUCAGCCGAAGUUUCAGAGGAGGUCGAAUCUGCACGGAAUGAGACUUAAAGUUGGAAUCUUGCAGAUCAGUUACUCGUCCGAGAACACGUCGCUCCACGAUAUGAUGAUGGAGUACAACGUGAAAUCAAAGUACGCCAGAUCAAAAUUCUUAUACGUGCUCCUGAAUCAUCUGUCGGACCUCUUCAACUUCACCAUGGACAUCAUGCAAAUAAAUGCGCGAAGAAGAUUCGAUAAUUCCGGCCCCGUUUUCGCGGCUUUUAAAAGGAAACUCGUUGACCUUUCGGCGAGCCCUGUCGCAAUGAAGAUCGAUAGAUUGAAUAACGGAGACAUAAUUGGGCCUGUGUGGCCGAUACGGUCAUGCUUUAUGUUUCGGACGAUUUCAUCCAUGAAAGUAAAGCCUGGUCAAUUUCUGCAGCCGUUGUCCCCGAAGGUGUGGUACUCGAUCCUCGGCAUGACAGCGAUCGUUACUUCGAUAUUAAUUCUUCUCAUAAGGAUGGAAGGAAUUCGCAAUUCCGUGGAGAGCUACGGUCUUUCUCUCAUACUAACGAUAGGAGCUUUGUCGCAGCAAGGUUCCGCGUUUAUCCCGUCUCGCAUCGCAGCCCGCAUCGCUUUCCUACAAAUUCUACUGUUCAGUGUAUUAAUCUUUAAUUAUUACUCGGCGAGCGUCGUGUCGAAUCGUUUGAAGAACAAAGGCGAGAAAAUGAACGACUCCUUGAUCAGCUUGAUGAAAAGCAACAUGAAACUCGCGGUGGAACCAACGCCGUACAUUCGCUCCUUCCUCGAGGUGCCAGACAAAGAAGUGAGAUACUUUUACGAGAAUCGUUGGACGAAAAUACCCGAAUACAACAGGUACUUGCCCCUAGAGGAGGGACUGAACCGUGUAGCGGAAGGAACUCUGGCUUAUCAUGCGAUGAGUGACAAUGCUUAUCCGUACAUCGAACAUCACUUCAACGACCGCAGCAUCUGCGAGCUCACGGAGGUUCAUCUGUUCCGCACGGUCCUGGCGUUUUUCGCCAGGCGCAAAAGCCCUUUCACCGAAUUUAUGAAAAUUGGAUUGACGAAGAUCCGCAACGUUGGUAUUCAAAACCGCGAAUGGAAACGAUGGUCAGCCAGAAAACCAUACUGUCCUAACAAUCUACUUAUCGCCGAACCUUUAUCGAUACAAGAAGCUGCACCGGUAUUCGUGUUCUUGUGUAUUUCCGUGGGAUUCUCGUUGCUCGUCUGCGCGACGGAGAAUCUCUUCUACAUGGUCGCGCCUACGCGGAUAUCGAGCGCCGCGACGGAAGAGAAACAUUUGAUCGACGGAAGUACACCGCCUCCGCAAAACGCUAAUCUACAGUCGCUGAAAAAAUUCACCUUGUUCAAGGAAUGGAUGGAUGCGCAAAAGAACUUAAAUCGCGAUGGUUCGUGAAGAGUUCUUUGUGAGGAUCUUUAGAAUCGUGUGGAACGUAUAUACGAUUUUUUUCUUUAAUUUUAAACGAAAGUAGAACGUCGAUUGUCUUCAGUUAUCCAAACGUAGAGUGAUUUACGUACGUAUGUAUUUAAUAUUGUUUAUUUUCACCAUCGUUAAAAGACGGCACUAAGACUAAUAAGUUGUACAAUAUCGAACGUUUAAAAAAGUGUGAAAUUGUGAGUAAUUUAGCAAAAGAAUGUAAUACUCGAAGGUAUAUAAUCGGAGGCAUUGAAUGUAAUAAUAAAACGAAAUAAAACAA